AUGCCGCAGCCCUUCAUCUCAGCGCAGUGUGGGCUGUACCACUGCGUAUGCGUCCUGGACCCUCAGGAUCAGUGUGGAGCUCCAGAGCAGAUGAACCCUGCAGCAGCCGAGCCUCUCGUGGAUGCCCUGCCCUCCGACACGCUCGCCAAGCCCAAGCCCGCGAUGGCGGCGCAGGACAUGGCGCCCAUCAUGGAAGAUGACGAGGCAGUCGAGGCCGAAACAGAGGAGAGCGCCCACGCAGGCCUCCUGCAAACCGGGGGCUCCAGCUCCUCAGCCGCGCCUCCCCGCCCCGCAGCGCCCGUGCCGCGCCUGCCCGGCCGGGUGUG